AUGCUGUCCGUCGCGCGAACCGUCCGAUCGCGACCCGUCCGAACAUUACUCCGCGCGCGCACCGCCGCGACGCAGGCUGCUUCCAAGCGCGAGGGCGACAUCUCGGACGCCUUUGCGUCGCUGUCGGGCCAGCAGUUCACGCCGCUCGCGCCCGAGUAUGCGGACCUCAAGGCGCGCUUGAUCAAGGGCAACGAAGAGGCUGUGCGAGCGUCGUGGGAGCGGCUGCUCAAGGACCUGCGCGAGGAGAUACCGCUGAUUGUGGAGAAGGGCUCCGAGAUCAUACCCGAGAUCGACUUCAGGGACAUCGACGACGCGCCCGAGGAGUUCAGCAGCGAGCUCCGGAAGAGGGGCGUUGCUGUUGUGCGCGGCGUCGUGAGCGAGGAGGAGGCGCUGGGGUGGAAGGAGAGUCUGAGGGAAUACAUCCGGGCGAAUCCGCAGACGAGAGCCUUCCCCGCCGAGAACCCACAGGUCUUCGAGCUGUACUGGUCCCGCGCCCAGCUGCUCGCCCGCGGCCACCCCAACAUGCUCAAGGCGCAGAGCUUCCUCAUGUCCUACUGGCACGCCACGAACCCACACACACCCAUAUCCACGCGCCACCCCAUAUCCUACGCCGACCGCCUCCGCAUGCGGCUGCCCGGUGACGCGCGCUUCGCCCUCGGCCCCCACGUCGACGGCGGCAGUGUAGAGCGCUGGGACGAGGCUGGCUACGGACGCGGAAAGGUCUACGACGCCGUCUGGAAGGGCAACUGGGAAGCCUUCGACCCGUGGGAGUCCAGCUGUCGGCUCAACGUCGUGUCGGACCUGCACCAGGGCGUGGGCGCAUGCUCCGCGUUCCGCAUGUUCCAGGGCUGGCUGUCUCUGUCCACCACCGGACCCGGCGAGGGCACGCUCCUCGUGAACCCCCUCCUCGCGAAGGCAACAGCGUACUACCUCCUCCGCCCGUUCUUCAGUCCGAAGCACGGCGUCGCUACCCCUGGUGCCCAGACCGCUGACGAAGCGACUACCUCUUCCGCAUCGUUCCUAGCCUCAGACAACUGGAAGAUGGACACCACCUCCACCUCCUGGAUCCACGGCGCGUCCCCCGGUCACGGCCAGGAACUCUCGCACCUCCUGCACCCGCACCUGCAUCUCAAACAGAGCAUGGUCCACGUGCCUACCGUUCGACCGGGUGACUACGUCGCCUGGCACUGCGACACCAUCCACGCUGUCGACCGCACGCACGCAGGCAAUUCCGAUUCGAGCGUGAUGUACAUCCCCGCAUGUCCACUGACCGAGGACAACGCUAAGUACCUCAAUCGCCAGCGGUCCUGCUUCGUGGAUGGGACGCCGUCUCCGGACUUUGGCGGCGGUGAGGGCGAGAGUAAGCAUGUUGGACGUAUUGGCGUUGACGAGCUGGAGAACCUGGUCGGCGAGGAGGGAAGGAGGGGGAUGGGGCUCGAGAUGUGGGAUAGUAGUGAGGAGGGGUUGAGCAUGGGAGAGAGGGUGGUGUUGGAUCGGGCGAAUAAGGUCGGAGGAUGGUAUGAUCCUGAGGUUGAGAUCAGCAGAUAA